CGCCGCCGCCCGGUGCACUCUGGACGAUGAGUCAGGGCUAGGAGUCCCAGGACUUGGGCGUACAGGACGCCAGAGCUGGGGUCACCGCUCCGUCCAGCGACGCCCAGAGACACUCGGAGAUGCAGGCGGCUCGGAUAGCCCAGAGCUUGGGGCGGCAGCUGCUGAGGCUCGGGGGCGGAAGCUCGCGGCCCACGGCGCUCCUGGGGCAGCCCCGGCCUGGCCCUGCCCGGCGGCCCUAUGCCGGAGGUGCCGCUCAGGUGGCUCUGGACAAGUCAGAUGCCCACCUCUCUGACACUCUGAACAAGGAAAAACCGGCCAAAGCGGAAUCUAAGUCCUUUGCUGUGGCGAUGUUCAAAGGCCAGCUCACCACAGAUCAGGUGUUCCCAUACCCGUCCGUGCUCAACCAAGAGCAGACGGAGUUUCUUAAAGAGCUGGUGGAGCCCGUGUCCCGUUUCUUCGAGGUAAGGACUGACUCGGGGCUUGGUCCCUGGUGGGGUAGAUGGAGAUGUCCAGCUCAAAAGGAGCCUGGAUGUGGGAUCCUGUGCCUUCCCCAGGAAGUGAACGAUCCUGCCAAGAAUGACACUCUGGAGAUGGUGGAGGAGACCACUUUGCAGGGCCUCAAGGAGCUGGGGGCCUUCGGUCUGCAAGUGCCCAGUGAGCUGGGUGGUGUGGGCCUUUGCAACACCCAGUACGCCCGUUUGGUGGAGAUCGUGGGCAUGCAUGACCUUGCCGUGGGCAUUACCCUGGGGGCCCAUCAGAGCAUCGGUUUCAAAGGCAUUCUACUCUUUGGAACGAAGGCCCAGAAAGAAAAAUACCUCCCCAAACUGGCAUCUGGGGAAACUUUGGCCGCCUUCUGUCUAACCGAGCCCUCAAGCGGGUCAGAUGCAGCCUCCAUCCGAACCUGUGCUGUGCCCAGCCCCUGUGGAAAAUACUACACCCUCAAUGGAAGCAAGCUUUGGAUCAGUAAUGGGGGCCUGGCAGACAUCUUCACAGUCUUUGCCAAGACACCAGUUACAGAUCCAGCCACGGGGGCCGUGAAGGAGAAGAUCACAGCUUUUGUGGUGGAGAGGGGCUUCGGGGGCGUUACCCAUGGGCCCCCUGAGAAGAAGAUGGGCAUCAAGGCUUCAAACACAGCAGAGGUGUUUUUUGAUGGAGUACGGGUGCCGUCGGAGAAUGUGCUGGGUGAGGUUGGGAGCGGCUUCAAAGUCGCCAUGCACAUCCUCAACAAUGGAAGGUUUGGCAUGGCUGCGGCCCUGGCAGGUACCAUGAGAGGAAUCAUUACUAAGGCGGUAGAUUAUGCCACUAAUCGUAUCCAGUUUGGGGAGAAAAUUCACAACUUUGGGCUGAUCCAGGAGAAGCUGGCCCGGAUGGUUACGCUGCAGUAUGUAACUGAGUCCAUGGCUUACAUGGUGAGUGCUAACAUGGACCAGGGAUUCACGGACUUCCAGAUAGAGGCCGCCAUCAGCAAAAUCUUUGGCUCGGAGGCAGCCUGGAAGGUGACAGAUGAAUGCAUCCAAAUCAUGGGGGGUAUGGGCUUCAUGAAGGAACCUGGAGUAGAGCGUGUGCUCCGAGAUCUUCGCGUCUUCCGGAUCUUUGAGGGGACAAAUGACAUCCUUCGGCUGUUUGUGGCUCUGCAGGGCUGUAUGGACAAAGGAAAGGAGCUCUCUGGGCUUGGCAGUGCUCUAAAGAAUCCCUUUGGGAAUGCUGGCCUCCUGCUAGGAGAGGCAGGCAAACAGCUAAGGCGGCGGGCAGGGCUGGGCAGCGGCCUGAGUCUCAGUGGAAUCGUCCACCCGGAGUUGAGUCGGAGCGGUGAGCUGGCAGUACAGGCUCUGGAGCAGUUUGCCACUGUGGUGGAGGCCAAGUUGAUAAAACACAAGAAAGGGAUUGUCAAUGAACAGUUUCUGCUGCAGCGGCUGGCAGACGGGGCCAUCGACCUCUAUGCCAUGGUGGUGGUUCUCUCCAGGGCCUCAAGAUCCCUGAGUGAGGGCCACCCCACGGCCCAGCAUGAGAAAAUGCUCUGUGACACCUGGUGUAUCGAGGCUGCAGCCCGGAUCCGAGAGGGCAUGGCCGCCCUGCAGUCUGACUCCCAGCAGCAUGAGCUCUACCGCAACUUCAAAAGCAUCUCCAAGGCCUUGGUGGAGCGGGGUGGUGUGGUCACCAGCAACCCACUUGGCUUCUGAAUACUCCCGGCCAGGGUCUGGCCCGGUUAUGUGCCUUCCCUCAAGCCAAAGCCUUAGGGCCCUGGUUUGUCCCGAAGGGGGCCUAGUAUUCCCAGGACUGUGCCUGCUCUCAAGAGCACUUACUGCCUCGCAAAUAAUAAAAAUU